AAAAAGAAAAUAAAUAUUUGGAUCAUGUGGUGGUGAAUAUAUUCCAACUAUCAUUUAUUCUUUCUAUUUGUUCGGAACCUGAUAUCAGUAUCUUUUCAGAGCUCAGUCUUCCACUCUCUAAUGGAGUCGAUGAUCUAUAAUCUCUUCAGCCUCAUCUUCUUCGUCCUCUUUUUCCUUCACCAAACACCGGCCUCUUCGACUUCUUUCUUUCCCAACGAAGCCAUUCCAACCAAAUCAGGCUAUCUUACAGUAAAUCAAACCUCUGGUUCCGCCAUUUUCUAUACCUUCUAUGAAGCCCAGAAACCCACUUCAUCUCUCUCCCAAACCCCACUUCUCAUUUGGCUCCAGGGUGGUCCUGGUUGCUCCUCCAUGAUUGGAAACUUUCUCGAGCUCGGUCCAUGGCGGGUCAACUUCGAGAAGAAGGACGAAGAACCCCUUGCUCUCCAACCCAACCCCGGUUCAUGGAACCGGAUUUUCGGGCUUCUCUUCCUCGACAAUCCAAUCGGAACCGGAUUCAGUGUCGCCGCGAAACCCGAAGAGAUUCCGAGGGACCAGAACAGAGUCGCCGAGCACCUAUUUACUGCGAUCACUUCGUUUAUCGAUUCGGACCCGUCGUUUAAAUCUCGCCCCAUUUUUAUCACCGGAGAGAGCUACGCCGGAAAAUACGUUCCGGCAAUUGGGUAUUACAUUUUGAAGAAGAACACCCAGUUGUGGAAUCGCCGUAAAGUGAAUUUAGCCGGCGUUGCAAUAGGAAACGGGUUGACCGACCCGAUGACCCAGGUAGACACCCAUGCUUCAAAUGCUUAUUUCUCUGGUUUUAUCAACGAGAAGCAGAAAUCCGUAUUAGAGAAGCUACAAUCAGAAGCUGUCAAGCUCACUGGGAAUGGGGAUUGGAGCGAGGCAACUGAUGCAAGAUUCAAGGUCCUGAAUACAUUGCAGAACAUGACAGGGUUAGCCACUCUGUAUGAUUAUACAAGGAAAGUUCCUUACAAGGACUAUUUGGUAAAGGAACUUUUGGACAGAAAAGAGGUGAAAAAGAUUUUAGGAGCAAAAGAGUCUGUGGUAUACGAGGUUUGCAGUGACUUGGUUGGUAAUACAUUGAAUGAUGAUGUGAUGAAAAGUGUGAAAUUCAUGGUGGAAUUUUUGGUGAAGAAGAUAAAGGUUUUGCUGUACCAAGGUCAUUUUGAUCUGAGAGAUGGAGUGGUUUCAACCGAGGCUUGGGUGAAAAAUUUGAAGUGGGAAGGUAUUGAAGAUUUCCAAUCCGCUGAGAGAAAAGUUUGGAAAGUGAAUGGUGAGCUUGCUGGGUAUGUGCAAAAAUGGGGAAGUUUGAGCAAUACUGUGGUUUUAGGGGCUGGGCAUCUUGUUCCUUCAGACCAGCCUUUGAGCUCACAGGCUAUGAUUGAAGAUUGGGUUUUGGAUAAAGGGUUAUUUGGCAAUGAUCAAAAGGAGAAUUUAGCACAAUUUUGAGAGAAACAGUUUAGGAACUUCAUUGUUGCUUUUCAUUGAGAUUGUGCUUGUAUGAUUUGUAUCAAUUAUUGAUUAAAAUCAUUUCCAAGCGUCAUGUAUAAGGUACUUUAUUAGGUGAAUAAGAGAUUGGUGAUAUCCAUUGGCUAAUGGUUUUCGGUUAUUUAUUAUUUUAUAUUCUUCAAAAUAUGCACUCCCUUAUGGAAAUUUAGUGAAAAUAUGUGAAAUUGAAUAACUGUCUCGUUUGUAAAAUCUUCAAACGAUAAACAAUUAGCAAUGGUAUAUAACUCAUAAUUUUCUUCUA